UCGGUUCCGCCCACAAUUUCCCCAAGCCAGGAAAUUGUGGUUGCCUAGCAAGUUUCUUGUCCGCGGAGCAAAGUUUGGAGACGUGUUUUCUCGACAGAUUUAGGGCUGUAGUCGUUCACAGAAGCUUUUUUUGCACACAUUUUCCCGAGAGAGGACGAGGAGGAAGCGCUGAGAAGAUGUCGGUCGCAGGACUUAAGAAGCAAUUUUUCAAAGCCAGUCAGAUGAUGAGUGAAAAGGUUGGAGGUGCAGAAGGAACCAAACUGGAUGAAGACUUUAAAGAACUUGAAAGGAAAGCAGAUGUUACCAGUAAAGCAGUAGUAGAUGUCCUUGGGAAAACAUCAGAGUACCUGCAGCCCAAUCCUGCGUCAAGAGCUAAGCUCUCCAUGCUUAACACAGUGUCCAAAAUCCGUGGGCAGGUGAACAGUCCUGGCUAUCCUCAGCCAGAGGGGCUCCUGGGGGAGUCUAUGACUAAAUAUGGACGGGACAUAGGGGAGGACAAUAGCUUUGGCGGAGCUCUGGUGGAUGUUGGAGAGGCGAUGAAGAGGCUGGCUGAAGUCAAGGACUCCCUGGAUAUUGAUGUGAAGCAGAAUUUUAUUGACCCACUGCAGGCGGUCGCUGAGAAGGACAUCAAAGAUAUUCAGCACCACUUAAAGAAGAUGGAAGGCCGUCGUUUGGACUAUGACUAUAAAAAGAAGCGUCAAGGUAAAAUCCCAGAUGAAGAGAUUAGGCAGUCCCUGGAGAAGUUCCACGAGUCCAAAGAGAUGGCUGAGAGCUCCAUGCAUAAUCUGCUGGAAACUGAUGUGGAGCAAGUGAGUCAGCUGUCUGCCUUCGUGGAGUCCCUGUUGCAGUACCACAGGCAGGCCACGGAGAUCCUGGAGGAGGUCACAGAAAGACUGAAAGAAAGGGUAAAUGAAGCUGAGUCGCGCCCGAAGCGUGAAUUCAAGCCUAAACCCAGACAGUCCUUUGACUAUGGAGACCAAGAGCCCUCGAAUGGAGGAUACUCAGCAGGUCCUGUGAGCCCCCCGGCAUACAGUGCUGCAGCCCAAGCACAGUAUCCACCUCCACCCGUCAAAAGGCCCUCCGUCAAGAGCAAACCGCGGGAGCCGACCUGUAAAGCCCUCUAUGACUUCGUGCCAGAAAACGACGGAGAGCUGGGUUUCUACGAGGGGGAAAUAAUCACCUUGCUCAGGCAAAUUGACGAGAACUGGUUAGAAGGAAAACUCCGUGGACAAACCGGAUACUUCCCCAACAACUACGUGGAAGUGCUUGUGCCCCUCUCACACUAACAGAAGACGAGCAAGUCGGGAGCAUCAGAACGGGGAAGAUGGAUGUUUAAAAAUAUGUCAUCAUGAAAACGGAAACAUAGCAAGGAAAUUUAAAUAGUUUUUUUUUUUUUUUUGUUUCUUUGAGAUAUAUUUUUUAGCAAACUUGGGAGACUUUCUGUCAAGAUGGAAUGGAUUUGAAAACAUAACACUAAUCAGGAAAAUGAUGCAUGAUGUUUAGGUGCAUUCGCCAUAUAUUGCGUCUUUAUAAAACAUUCUUUGCACCUGUGCACUUUGUACACAACAGCUCCAGCUGAACACUAAGCAGAAACAGAUGUCUAAGGGUGUAAUGACUUUCUUUGUCUUAUUCAGUUUUAUUCACAGUAUCUUGUUUGCUGAAUCAUGACUAUUUGGAACUACACACACAAUCAUGUUUUUAACCUUUUCAACUAUAGACUUGGGCACUAAUGCACAAAUCUACACAACACUACACAAAACUGAUGUUCUCAGGCAUUUGAGGCUAUGUUCUACUGCCAUCUGGUGGUUUUAUGCAAAUAGUUUUCUUGGUUUUGUAUUUGUUUGAUUAAUCAUGAGUUCUGUCUGACAUGUUUAAGAACUUCAUAUUGUUCCAGCUGUAAGUGAUGGCUGAAUUUGGACAUUAGGUUUGCAGGUUCUACUGUGAUGGGAUUAUUUAGGAUAAAUAUAAAAAAAAAACUAUUUUAUUACAUUUAUCACUCCUAUUGCUGCAGUACGUUUAUCUCUCAAGUCCGAGCUCAGGUCUGGAUUGCACCGAGUGGAGCAAGAUUUAGUCGCAGAUUGGAAAAGCAGUGGGAUUUUCUAAUUGUGGUGCUAAUUACUUUUCUCAAUACAGGUUAAUGACAUAGUUCAAUGGGUUCUGUACCUUAAAGGAACGUGGUAACUAAUAUGGGCUUUUCAGAACUAUGUGUGUCAAUGGUUUAAAUGAACACAAACUGUGAGAAUAAUAUUUAUAUCUACAACUUUCUCUACAUUUUAAAAGUGCGGCAGCCAUAUUUGAUUCAGAGCUACAAGCUGCUCUGGGACUUCCAGCUUUAGGAGACAAUCUUGUUUUUAAAGAUGGGGACUUGAAAGAUCUAACUUGCAAAUACACAUUUUCUGACUUUUUGUUCCUCCGUAAAUAUCUGUACCUCUUUAAAAGCACUCCAGUUACGCUUCGAAACACUACUUCCAAACAAAGGUUGCUCGCUCUUAUUUGUCCUUCCAGAUGGCUGUGUUUCAGUCUAAUUUUAACUUAAAAUAAAAUCUUCACAAGUAAA